AAGUUCUUAGGAAGAGCCGUACGAGGCAGCUCACGUACGGUUCGGGAGCCGAGCCCCAGCACAGGGGCUUAGGUCAACACUUAUAUAAUAGCCAGUCAUCAAUUGGAAGCGGGCAAGAUGGUGAUGAAUUGCGAUUGGUCCAAACCUUCGACCAGCGGCUUCUUGCGACCUGCCCAGAAUGCCCAUACAUACCAAGACCUUGUUCACACAGCGAAUAAAGGCCGGGUGGAAGGGGGCAGUCAGCUGGCUGCUUCUUGGCCACGCCCCCCUGCUUAUAGAUACGAUAUACUUGAUCUAAAUUCUCAAAUAGGAAAUUGCAUACCAUUAGCCGAUAUACGUAUAGGAACAUGGGUACAUGAUAUUGAAUGUAAUCCAGGUCAAGGCGCAAAGCUGGCUCGAGCCGCAGGAACUUUUGCAAAAAUAAUGAAGGAACCAGCACCACAAUGUCUUGUGCGGCUACCUUCGGGUGUUGAAAAACUCAUUGAUUCCCGAUGCCGAGCUACUAUUGGUAUAGUUUCCAAUCCCAACCAUGGUGCACGUAAGCUUAGAAAAGCUGGACAAAGCCGGUGGUUAGGCAGACGCCCCAUUGUUCGUGGUGUUGCAAUGAAUCCAGUGGAUCAUCCUCAUGGAGGAGGUGAGGGGCGCACGAAAGGAGGUAGACCUUCGGUGUCACCUUGGGGGAAGCCCACCAAAGCUGGAUUUCGGGCAGGGGUGGGGAAACGCAGAAAUUAGUUCAUGCCACGACGAUCUAUAUGGAAGGGCAGUCUUGUUGAUGCAUUCCUGUUGAGAAUGCAGAAGAAAAGAGAUCUUCUAUUUCGCCGGAAUUCGUUGAUUGCUCCGUACGAAUUUACAAUGGAAAAACUCCUGUUCGUUGUAAGAUCACUGAAGGAAAGGUUGGUCAUAAAUUUGGAGAGUUUGCUUCUACACGGAAACGAAGACCUUCGAGAACAAAUAUUGGACCG